GAGGGACCCCGUGUUGCCGAGCGAGGUCCGGGAAAGCAUUCUGAAAGGACUCACUGGCCACCCUCUCUCUUCCAGGCAGAAGCUUCUCCGCGGGGGUAUCCUGCUGCUGCUGCAUCCUGCUUCCCCAGGCCAGUGCUGGCUCCUGAAGGGACCCCACAUGGCUGGAUUGCUGACCUCUUGCGGCCAGCUCUCUGCCCCUUUGCUCUUCCCACGCCCUACCCCACCUCUCCUUAAAUCGUGAUGAGCUCUCAGGAGGGAGGUUCAGAGAGCUGACAGAACUUCCUCUAAUGGGGCAGGUGGGCUCUGCACCCAUCCACCAGCUCAGCUGGUAGCUCCUCACCUCCCACUGGGCCAGGUGGCAUUCCUGUGGCACAGAGUGAAACCCCUCCCUCCAAAUAUCAAGUGUUCAGAGAUCAGGAAAUUGCUAGUGGAUAUUUAGCUGCCCCAAAGUGAGGAAUAGGUUUUCUCCAAGUAAAAUGAAAAAAAGGCUCCUUUUCCUCCCUUGUAACUAGGGUCACGGUGGUGUCACCAGGGACCACUAGUGUGCGAAAGCUCCCCCCACUCUCCCUGCAGCCACAAAGCACUGGUGCUCACACCAUGAGCUCUGCGGGGAUGGGAGGGGGCCCUCAUGCCCACUGGGGGCCCAUAGCACAAUGGAAGCCCCUACAGGCAGGGAGCUAGCAGCUGUGUCUCCAUGGCCACCUGUGGGGGCCCAUCUGCAAGAGCCUAAACUGGACCCGCUAGUGUGUCCCUGGGAAAGAUGACAGAGCCAGCCCCUCUGACUUGGGCAGCAGGAAGGGUGUGCCCCAGUCUGCCAGCUUGCAGAUCCUUGACCACACACCAGCUCUCCUCAAUCCCCCUCCAAGUACUCUCUCACCUCAGCGGGCUGUACUACACCCUGUACUUCCUAGCCACGCUCCUGAUGAUCAUCUAUAAAGGUCAGGUGUUCAGCUAUCCUUGGCACCGCCUGGUCUUCGACCUGACUCUACUCCUGCUGAUGGGGGUCCUGGAAGCAGUUCGGCUGUGCCUGGGCACACAGGGCAACUUGACAGAGGCUGAGGGGCCCCUAGCUGCCAGCCUGGCCCUCACAGUGGGCAGCGGCCUGCUCUCCAUCCACUUUCUGCUCUGGCAGACCCUGGUGCUCUGGGCAGACGCUGUCCUCAGUGCUGGACUCCUGGUGCUCCACGGCCUGGAGGCUGCCCUUCAGGUGGUGGCCAUUGCGGCCUUCGUCAGGUAGACGUCUGGCUCAGCCGUGCUGCAGCCACCUCCUCCAUACCCUGCCAGGUCCCAGCAGUCUCCCGCCCUGCUGAGCGAGCAGGUGGUGUUUCUCCUACUGAUUUGCCACAGACGGUCCUGGGUAGUUCACAAAUGAUUUUUGUUGGGUGUCUGGCAGGGUCCAGAGCACAACAAACCUCUGGGGGCCCAGGUGUGAGAACAGCCAUGGGGUGUGAUGCACAGGGACAUCCACUCAGGCCCUGUAAGUGGGGCCACCAGAGGAGGGAGAAGCCCUGCAGAAAAGAGACUGCCAGAGGGCGGCCCUGCAGUGCACCCCAGAGAAGCAGCCUCCACCUCCGAGCUGCAGCCCGUUCCUGUGCUUUCUCACACAGUGGUUCUUGACAUUGUACGCUGCCUGUUCUCUCUGCCACCAGUUCCUCCAGAGCUGCAGGCAGGUGGCCCUGUGUGUGAGUGCCUGUGUGAGUGCCCGUCUGCCUCCCCGCGCCCCCCCCCCCAGGCCUGGGCAGAAUGGUGGGCUGGGGUUUCCACAGAGAGCAGAGCAAGUGAGCCAAUCAGCUUCAGAUUCUCACCCCAACACUCUCCCUUCCCUGUGGGCACCUCUGAGGUCCAGGGGAGCAAGGCUGUGGGGACAGUGGCCAGUUCACAGAGCAGCUCCAGUUGUAGGGUCUCUGAGUGAGCUAGGGGACUUCAGCCACAUAAUGUAGGGUCUGAGCCGAUUUUCCUAGUAGCUUGCCUUCAUCUGUUGUUUUCUGCAUUUGGAAUAAUGUUACGUUCCAGUGUCUGGCUUUCUCUUCACUAUUUAUUUAAAGUAAAUAAAUGUUCACAUUUCCAGGAA